AUGCGGCGCCCGUCUCCGGCAUGGCUGAGAGAUAGGUGUUUUUGGUGCCUCUGUCGAGGUCAUCGUGCACAUUCUUGCAGGGAUCCUAUCCGAUGCAUGGACUGUCUUCGAUCCGGUCACAUCGCCCGCUUCUGCCAUGCAAGGAAGCCUGUUUACCAAACUUCACCGUGUCAAUGUCCUACUCCAUCGCCUGCACCCACAAGUGAAGUCACCACAUCAGAUGUGCCGUUCCAGCCUGUCUUCAAUGUCAAACCCGGAUUGGCCGAGGAGACCGAGUUGCUUCUUGACUGCCUUGCGCGAGUUGAGAGUGUUUUAGGGAGAGCGGAGGCCGCCCUUGCCAAACUUGAGGUUGUGCCAGUUGUGUUUCCGUUGCCUGAGCUUCAGACUGGAUCUUCAGUUGGGGAAGAAGCAAGCCUUUAUGGAAAUUUCUCCCCUCGUGCUACUUCAUGUCUGUCGUCGAGGCCUGUGUUGUUGUCUGUCUCUGGGAGUGUAGUCAUCGACGAGGUUGUGACUCCAGUGCUGCAGAUUAUGCCCGAGCUGUGGGAGCGUUGUGGCGAGCCCACUUCACCUCUUUCAAUGGUGCUUCCGAAGGAGAUGGUGCAUGUGAUGUCUGUAGGUGACGAGGUUGAUGAGGUAGGUGCUUUGGCACCUAAUUUUGAGGCGCAACUACAUGGUUCACCUCUGCCAUGUGGGCAACUGGAGGCGCAAGAGUCCAUCGUGUCGGUGGUACCCAUGGCUGAUGAUGUUCUUAUGGCGGUGUCUGCGAGGGACAAGGUCGCGUCUGUCGGUGUCGAGGUUGAUGCUGUAGGUGCUUUGGCACCUCAUUCUGAGGCGCCGAAGUCCAUCCGCCCGCCCGUCUUUGACCGUGAAGAUAUGCUGGCACGUAUUGACGAGGUGGUAUUCAAGAAGAAGCUUGGCGGCUUGCUUGCCUCCUUGGAGGCAGCUAGCCCUGGGUCUGGCAAGACGAUUGCUUGCCUUCUAGUGGAGGAAUCUUCUACGUGCAAAAUCAAGAAGGUGAAGAAGGCUCUUAGGAGCAUAGGCAAGAAGAGUGACGCCCUUGGUAAGGUGUCCGUGGCUGCUUAA